AUGCCUCGUCCCCAAACUCUUGUCUUCCUCGGUCUUAACGCCGUCCGCGUGCUCAGCAUUGUCGGCCUGCUGCUUGUUUUCUCGAGCUCCAUUGUGGUCAUGGUCACCAACAUCAAGGCCGUGAACCGCUUCCAGGCCAAUCGAAUCUCCAACUCGACAAACGACAUGCUUGACUGCGACUAUAUCGAAGGAAGCACCGUCCCGAACCAACCUGCUGGUGUCUUCUGGGCCGUUGUUGCGACCCUUCUUAUCAUUUUCCAAGUCAUCAUCCUUCUUCUAUCCGAACUGUCCUGGCCGAUGGUGUUCUUCGACCGCUUCUUCCCUGUUCUCGGGUCAAACUUCGGUCUCGGGGCUCUGGGUAUUUUCCAAGCUCUCAUCGGCGCCCAGAUCCUCUCCCACCACGUCGACGACUUCACUCUCGUCGCGGCUUUCUUCCUCUUUUCCAUCGGCUGCUUGAAUAUGUUCCUCGGUCUCAUCUUCCGCGAAGGGGCCAAGGCCAAGCGCUCAUUGCGGGGCAAACGUGAGGCGGAAAAGAAUGCGAAAGCCGGGAUCAUCACUGGCCAGAUUCGCCCCCAUGUUCUCGAUGUUACUCCCCAAUUUACCAUCCCUGCCUUCCCUGGUGCUGGCAUGGGUGACGCCUCGCCAAUGGAAAAACCAAUCGAUGCCGAGUCCUUCCACUCCUGGAGAAGCACCGACAAAGCCGGUUAUGGUUUCGGUCGUCAGGGCGAGAAAGUCGCUGGACUGCGGGGCUUCAUCCUUCAACGUCCCGAAGAAACUCUCCCCCGCUAUGCCUCGCCAUCGCCCAGUUUCACAGCGGCGGCUGCACGGUCAUCAAAUGAGAUGCCGAUCCCAGCACGUGAUCUCGCACCGUCUCCUUCUCGUGUUCCCCGCCGCGCUUCGCCGCCUCGCAGUGCCUCGUCGCGCUCGUCAUCCCGUGACUCCGCAUCCUCGCGCUCUUCGGAGUACUCCCACCACUCCUCCUCGAGCUUCGCCUCCCCGAUGUCUUACCGCGAGACAAUCCACACCAUCCAAAUUCCCGACUCCCCUGUUGCUGCUACGCCCCCGCCAUUCCUCGCCACCAUGGCACCAUCCAACAAAUAUGGGCGGCCCCGCCCCACUGCGUUCUGA